AUGUUAAGAAAUCCUUCGACGAGGUUUCUGAGGAGAGCCCUCUCAACCCAAAGGACCAUACCCAAUGUUUUCCCAACAUUACGUUCACGAAGUUUGGCGACAGUCGUAGAACCUAUACAAAAGGUACAAGUGAAGAUAGAAAAUCCAACUUCUCAACACGACUAACGUGAAUAUAGGACCCCGCCGAGUUAGAUCAAAUCAGUACACUUCCCAAUGGAGUUCGUGUCGCAACUGAAGCAUUACCGGGUCAUUUUUCCGGCAUUGGAGUAUACAUUGAUGCAGGAUCCAGAUACGAAAAUGAAGAUCUUAGAGGAGUCAGUCAUAUAAUGGAUAGAUUGGCAUUCAAAUCCACUUCGAACCGAUCAAGCGACGAAAUGUUAGAAUCAAUAGAAUCUUUGGGAGGAAAUAUACAAUGCGCCUCAUCCAGAGAAUCUCUCAUGUAUCAAUCUGCCACAUUUAAUUCUGCGGUACCAACCGCUGUCGCCUUACUUGCCGAGACCAUACGCAAUCCUUUAAUCACCGAGGAGGAAGUCGAGCAACAAUUAGAAACGGCUGCUUAUGAGAUUGGUGAAAUUUGGUCCAAGCCAGAGUUAAUCCUUCCGGAAAUCGUACAUAUGGCUGCGUACAAGGGCAAUACUCUUGGAAACCCUCUAUUGUGUCCGAAAGAGCGACUUUCAGAGAUAAACAGCGACACUAUACAAGCAUACCGGGAUACUUUUUAUAGGCCUGAAAGAAUGGUAGUUGCAUUUGCGGGUGUACAGCAUGAGGAAGCAGUAAAGCUUGCCGAACAACAUUUUGGAGAUAUGCCAAAAUCAGCUCCUCUCUUGUCACAAACUGGAUCGGAAACAUCUUUCGACUCAUCAUCGAGUGAAACCAGCAGCAAUAGCUCAAUAUCAUCCUCAUCCUCUUCGCCACCACCACCAUCACCUACACAAAAGCCAUCCACCUUGAUAUCACGUAUCCCAUUCUUCAAGAACAUCUCCACUUCCGCACCCAAGAACGCUUCCGUUCGAAAUGGCUUUAUAAACCCCCUUGACCUCAACCAGCCCUCACAUUAUACAGGUGGAUUCCUCUCACUCCCUUCUCUACCACCACCAAUGAACCCCUCUCUCCCCGCGCUGAGCCAUAUUCACAUCGCUUUUGAAGCUCUUCCCAUCUCCUCGCCAGAUAUCUAUGCCCUUGCCACUCUUCAAACCCUCCUUGGUGGUGGUGGAUCAUUCUCUGCCGGUGGCCCUGGCAAAGGUAUGUAUUCACGCCUUUACACCAAUGUCCUCAAUCAACACGGUUGGGUUGAAUCCUGCAUAGCCUUCAACCAUUCGUAUACUGAUUCUGGACUAUUUGGAAUUUCCGCAUCAUGUUCCCCUGGCUUCGUCAAAAAUAUGCUCGAUGUUAUGUGUCGCGAACUUCAAAGCCUCACUCUCGAUACCGGAUUCAAUGCAUUGCAAACUGCAGAAGUCAACCGUGCGAAGAAUCAACUGAGAUCCAGUUUAUUGAUGAAUUUGGAAUCAAGAAUGGUAGAACUAGAGGAUUUAGGAAGACAAGUACAAGUACAUGGAAGAAAAGUAGGAGUAAGAGAAAUGUGUAAGAAAAUCGAAGAAUUAACAGUCAAAGAUUUACGAAAGGUAGCUGCACAGGUCUUUGGAGGCUUGGUAAAUAAUGCAGGACAAGGAAGUGGCAGUCCAACAGUGGUUUUACAGGAAGGUGAAGAGGAAGGAAGAGCAUACAAAAACUUCAGUUGGGAUGAUAUUCAAGAUCGAAUCCACGGGUGGAAAUUAGGAAGAUGGUAAAGAAAAUACUAUCAUAUGUAUUGAUGGAAAAUAAGAUCCCUCGUGUAGGUUGGAUCUUUGUAUAAUAUUUAUGGAUGAUAUCAUGAAUGUAUAAAAUGCGUGUGAAGCAUAUAUGGCGUUUCCUGAUUAUUUAGAAGUAGGGGAAAGAUCUGAAACUAGAAAUUAAAAGGCUUUCAUUAUUUAUCUACUCUAUGUAUAUCCAUGUAGACGGAUUA